GCAGGAGGCAGGGGGGGAGUGUUAAAAGUCGAACUGCAUACGGUUAAAUGUGUUUCUUUGCCUUUCAAGAAAAACUGUCCGAUCGCUUAACAUCAAAAUACAUCAAAACUCAGCACCAGAGGAAGAACUAUCUUUACAUUGUUUGGCACUGCGAACGGAGACAGGGUGAAAUCCUAUGAUGAGCAGUUCCUGACUCUUGAGGAGCCCGAUUAUGAGUUCUCUACCACCUAUACGAGAAGACAGGAUCAUCUGUGAGCUCCCUCUGUACUUCACAAAGGAUGCUGCACUGCACACCAAAGACACCUUUCACGUUACUGUUCAAGAUGCAUGUCAGAGUCAGAAGUCAGACCCAGUGGGAUUUAAUGUAGCCAAGGUCAUUGUUGUGGGUGAUGUAGGAGUGGGAAAAACAUGUUUAAUUAAUAGGUUUUGUAAGGACUCUUUCGACAAAGGCUACAAAGCCACUAUUGGAGUGGAUUUUGAGAUGGAGAGAUUUGAAAUCCUGGGAGUGCCCUUUAAUCUGCAGUUGUGGGACACUGCAGGUCAGGAGAGGUUUAAAUGCAUUGCCUCCACCUACUACAGAGGGGCUCAAGCCAUCAUAGUUAUAUUUGAUCUAAGCAACUACUAUUCUUUGGACAAUGCGAGACAGUGGCUUGAAGAUGCCAUGAUAGAUAAUGAUCCUUCCAGUGUACUGCUCUUCCUUGUGGGAACCAAGAAGGAUCAGAGUCAUCCUGACCUGUUGGCCCAGAUGGAGCACGAAGCCAUCAAGCUGUCAGAGGAGAUAAAGGCUGAGUACUGGGCUGUGUCUGCUCUGUCAGGAGAGAGUGUGAGACAGUUCUUUCUCCGGGUUGCAUCACUUACCUUUGAGGCUUCUGUAUUGGCUGAACUGGAAAGGAAGAAUACAAGACAAACAGGAGACGUUGUCAGAAUCACUGAUAAUCACAAUGAUAUCAAAGCGUUAAGGAAGAAGCAAGCCAACUGCUGCAAUUGAGUGUAAGAGCAUCACUGAGGUGUGAAUGGAUGUCAGAGAAUAAGAACAGAGACAUAGAUCAGCUCAGUCCCGCACCAAAGCACAGACUGCUGAUGUAAAGUGCUAUCACCAGCUGCACUGGACUGCUCAGCUUUGGGUCACUGGACUGAAGAACAAACAGCUGAUGUCAAAGCUGUAUGAGAGCUUCAGAGGUGGUUAGUUCAUCUGGACAAUGAACGGCUCUGACAAGAAAAUCACCUGACACAUUUUGCUACCCAUUGUGCUCAGGUGCACAAGGAUAAAAGAAUACUAUUGUUUCGCUGAAAGAAGUCUUAUAGUAUAUAUGAGCUUGCUAACAAGAUAAUGCAUAUAUAAAAGCACAAAAUGGAUAUAAAAAGGAUAACACAUUUAUCUAUAUGCAAAAAAAUGACCAUUUAUUACCAAAUACUUCAUUUAAUGUCAAGAAAUGUAGCUAUUUUGGAGUAAGAAGUCCUAAAGGAAUAGCCCAAUAUUUAAUCCUUAGAGCAUAGUUUUUAAAAACUUUAAAACAUUUUUUUUUAGUUUUUAAUUUAUUUCCAGUUAAUGAUUUAUUAUUUUUU